UCACUGUCAAAUCCAGAGGACUAUUUCCCUCCGCGCUCCUUUCCCUCCUGGGUCUACUUUUUGCGCAUGGCAUCCCCGCUGGCAUUCCAGGAGUGACCACUGAACGGACAGGAGCCUUGAACUUACGACGAAAAGUCGUCUUCAUAGGGUCGUUUUUUUUUUUAGGCUCAUUUGAGUCCUUGUGUGCUGAAGCCAUGUUUUCCAAGGCCACUGCCAACUUCGUCCAUCAGAUUGACCCAGAGGGAAGCCUCAUCCAUGUGUCACGAGUGAAUGACUCAUACAAACUGGUUCCCAUGGCGCUUGUCGUCAAACGCAACCGGAUCUGGUUCUGGCAAAGGCCAAAGUACCAACCGACAGAUUUCACUCUAAGCGACUUGCUGCUGGGCGACAAGGUGCUCAGUCCUGGAGUGUGUGAGACAGAAUUUCUGACCUACCAGGGGACGUUUGGAGACAAACUCUCUGGGAAGCUGGACACCAAGGCUGGCUCUGCCAGACUCACACUGGAGGGCCGGGGCACUUCCCAGCUCCAAUCAUGUUUUGGCAAGUUGAAGAAAGAGGAACUGGACGUGAAGAAACUGCUACGUGACUCCAGCGAUAGGCUGGUGGACAUGCAGCACGUGCUGGUGCAGCAGCUGGAGAAACGGGCCGAGGUGCUGGCCGUGGUGAAGGAGAGGAUCCUCACCACCAACUCCUGCUCCGUCACCCAGACGAAAAAGGAGCAGUGCACCUUUCAGGGGGUGCUCGGGCUGUUGGGCAUGCUGGGGAGCUCUGUUAAGGUGUGUGCGAAGGACGGCAACAACAUUGAGAUGGACAGUGACGUUUCUUUGGAGAUCCCCUCUGGUACAGUCAUUGCGUACAGCAUCCUGGAACUAGAGAUUAAAAAAAAUGGACAUUAUGAUAUAUGCCUGCAGCCUGGCACCAUAGGAGGCUUUGAGGCGGACUCAACUGCUAUGUCCUGGCCAUCCCAUGACUCCUUGAAUGCGGUGGACAGCAUGUGCAAUAGAUCACAGGAGAUGGACUUGUCUCCACUGGCAGAGCUCCCCCAGCUAACUCAACAUGCAUUGUUCAAGAAGCUCCGAGAGACAAUGAGGGACAGAGCUGCCCUGUCAUAUCUGCAGUGUGUGCUGGAGGACUUGUGCAGUGGUGAAAAACUUGACAUUGCCAAGCAAGAGGAAGAGAGAAAACCAGUGUCAGCCAGACUGGACCGACCCAGCUCAGGCAGUCAUACUGAGCGCACCCAGUCUGCCGGUGCUGCUCACCUAAUUGCAGCUCACCUGUUGGUCAGUGCUAUGGAAGAGUUGCCUGAUGAAACUCUGAGCCUCCUGAGCGAGAGCCGUGCGGAUUUUCUGGAGGCCUUCGACACACUGAUGUGCAGUUUAAAGAACAGCAGCGGGCCUCUCUCCAUCCAGUGUCUCCCAGUCCUGCUGCAGGACAACCAAGCGUUCCAACUGGCAGAACAGCUGCUCAGCUCCAUCAAUGUGACGCUGAAGAGAAACUUCGCCAGGCUGUGGACGGAGACAGGAGACAAAACAGGAGUUCUCCUUUUGCUCCUUUGCGUCAGCAUACAUGGAUUGUCUUUGCUGUGUAAUGGACUGAAGUAGUAGGAGUUUCUGCUUGUGCACUUUUUUUUCCUUUUUCAUGGUCUAUAUUCUGCCCAUUUCUUUC